UUCACAGUUGGUGGUUUAUCCGCAUGGAUGUCAUCUGCCACACAGGCGUCCUGAAUAUACAAUGAAGAUUAUAAACCCUGUCUGCCUGUUAGGCACAAUCUACCUGGGCCACCUCGGACGUUGAUGUUUGGACAAUGGCUGCCUCUCCUGUGGUUUUGUAUAACGGAUCGUACGAAAUAAAGGGAGGAUUUGCGGGAAAUGACAAUCCAUCAGUCGUCUUCAAGACACUCAUAGCCGGUUCCCUGGGGUCCAGCGGUACAGGUCAUGUGUUAGUUGGCAACGAGGUCGCUGCCGACAGAGAUCAUCUGGAAGACGUACGCUGCGUUAUCAAGGAAGGCCUCGUGAUGGAUGACCAUGACAUUGAGCUGGUGUGGAGACACGCCUACAGUCAAUUAGGAGCCACCCUAGAAGACCAUCCUCUUCUGCUAACUGAAGCUUUAGGGUGUCCCUUUAAAACUCGACAGCGACUGAGUCAGAUAUUGUUUGAGUCUAUGGAAGUACCUGCCUUGUAUUGGGGGUUCAACCCUCUUUUGGCCCUGCAUGCAUACGACCUGAAAACAGGCUUAGUCGUGGAUUCGGGAUAUGAUUCCACCAGCGUCAUACCAAUUAACAAUGGAACGAUGGUGCAUGAGGCAAUUGGUGUUCUGGAACUUGCCGGUAAAGGUCUGUCCAGCUAUCUGGAGCACCUUCUGGAGAAGAGGUACUACUCCUUCCCCUCUUGGGCUCAGAAGUACCAAGUAGAUCAAAUAAAAGAAAGGUUAUGCUACGUCAGUCUUGAUGCAAUUGAAGAGCUAAAGAAAUUAUCGAUUGAACCAAACGCCAUCAAGAAGACUUUCAGAAUGACAGACGGCACUGAGAUUGUUCUCCAGAAGGAAAGAUUCUUCUGCCCAGAAGCAAUGUUUGUUCCCUCCAUGUUUGGCUCAAAUGGUCAUGCACUCCAGAAGCUGGUUCAUAAUGCCGUAGACAAGUGUGAUGAAGAUUUGCGACCACUUCUCUACUCGAACAUAAUCCUGGCAGGAGGCACAGCAGAGUUGCCAGGCAUGAAGGCAAGGCUGGAGCAAGAACUGAAGACGUCAAGUCCAAGCCAAGAAAUCAAAGUGACCGCCCCUGAAUGGAAAUACGCAGCAUGGAAAGGCGGGUCUAUGCUAGCUGCUCAUGACGUAUUUGUUAAAAAUGAGUUCCUCUCUAAAGCUGCGUACGAGGAACAUGGAGAUAGUGCUCUGAAGCGCUUUUAACAAUGAACUAUAGAAUGCUAAGGUACAUUUCUUAAGGUGAGUUUAAGAGUAGCUUAUGAGACCAUAUGAUCAAGGUCUAUGUUGUAUAAAAGCCAAAAUAACCACCAUUCCUUCCAUAGGUAUUGCCUAUAUUUGUCAAAAACAUGUCGAAAAUAAAUGCAUGAAAUGUAAUUAUCUCAGCUGAUCACUUGUUAUCCUUUCGCAAGUAACAAUAUCGCACAUAACAUAAUUUAGGCCUGGACUGCAAAUACAGAAGAUCGCGGAGAAAAAAACAACUUUUGGAGAGUGUGGCCCUCUGCAAU